AGGGCGCGGGACUCGCGACGGGCUGGCGUUUUCUCUUCAUGCUGCCGGGCGUGCUGCUGCCGGGGGCGCUGUCCCGAGAAUGUCGAUGUCACUGUCGCGAGGUGCUGCUGGACGACGAUGCUCAAUGCAGCCACUGCUGCAAAUCGCCAGGGCGGACAGGGAGCUCAGCAACCGGGAACCUGGGCCACCCAGUCUCGCCGCCACAAGGCCCCGAAAGCCGCCAACGUUGUACCGGUGGGCAGCCGUGUGGGUGGCAGGUGGCGCGCCGGGGUGGGUGUUGGAAGAAGCCGCGAGCGCAGGUCGAGCUGGCGGAGUCGGGCUCGUGGUGUUGAGGGGAGCUUCUUUGUCGUCGAGCAGUAUAUCACAGCUAAUAGCAAAACCACACCUGGCGUCUCAUCUCAGAUUGCUGCCCUGAUCCAGCGCCAUGUUUACGCCUGCCAGGCCUGCCCGUCCGCUCCACGCGUGCUCGCCGGAGCGCUGCCGCUGGCCCCGCUGGCCUCUGCUAUCCGCAUCACGACCUUCCCGUCGGACUCGCAGUCUCCCACGCCUCUCCCACUCUCCUCCACCCCCCUCCCCGCCUCUUCACCUAGCCACCCAUUCAUCCCGUCGUCGCCCAGACGCCCUCGCCCCAGCCUCACUCCUGCGCCCCCUGGCCGCCAUUUCGAAACGCCGCGCCUGGCAUCAAACCUGCUCGCGGCCUGACCGCAUACCCUCCCCCAUUGGCCCAUGCAUCGCGCUCUUCACGACGUCUCUCUGCGCUGGCGAUUGGCACCCCCGGUCUCUUCUCUUCAUUCUGCGUGUCCAGGAGCUCAGAGCGCCCUCUGUCCGCGCU